AUCAGGUGCUUCAACACAGCGCAGAAGCUACGCUGUCAUGGCGAAGAGAAACGCUCUGGAGAAACUCGAUGUCGGCGCUUUAAGCCCCGAGCAGCAGGAGAAACUGCAUCACUUCAAGAUCAAGACGAGGAUAGCCAAUGAAAAAUAUUUAAGAUCUCAUCCAGAGGUGGAAAUGUUACUGAGUGACUUCUUAAGGAAUGUGUUUCUGAAAAGGCCUACGGAUAUUCGUGAAUUUGCAGCAGAUCAUUUCAGUGACCCAGGACUGUCAGAGAAAAUUCAGGCCCAAAUGAAUAUGCACAAUAAGUGAAAAGUGUGGAUUUACACUUUUGUUUU